UCCAAAUCGGUGGCGGAGGUACUACAUAAGCGCUCUGCGCGUCCUAUAAAUAAGCGCCUCCGUCUUUGUCUUUCCUCUUUCGCAGAAGCAUCCAUCACAGAUUUAUUCUGCAAAAUGGCUUGGGACAGUUCUCGAUCACCCUACGCUCAGAUAUUAAACACGAAUCAUUUGCCAUCCCAUGCACAAAGAAAAGAAAUAGAGACCUUUCUGUCUGAACCUCAGCAGGAGCUCUCUCGAUUAGAAACCGAAAUUUCACGCGUUCAAGUCAUACUGGACGACCUUCAAUCCCGACGAGCUGAAGUAAAGAACUAUGUCGAGACACAUCGUGGUCUGCUUGCCCCAAUUCGUAGGUUGCCAGUAGAAGUUCUCACUGAAAUCUUUGUCCUCUGUCUUUCCGCGGAAAGAUAUCCAGUGCGAAGUUUGAGGGAGGCGCCGCUCCUCCUGACGAUGAUCUGUCGGCAUUGGAGAGAGGUUACACUCAAAUCACCCUCACUCUGGAAUUCGUUGCAUAUUUAUCUUCCUCAGGAUUUGACAAAGGAAGCUAUUACACUCCGGGAGCGAGGUGUGAAUCAGUGGCUAACACGAUCCGGUUCACUUCCGCUCUCUUUAUCCCUGUGCAUCAGUGCAUCCAGAAUUCACCAUGAAAUAGAAAGUCUAGACGUCGACAGAAAAUACUCCCCUUUGUUAGAAAUGUUGAUGUUAUUCAACCUUCGAGUUGCAGAGCUCACGUUAAACCUCGAUCCCCCAGUCUUUCCUCUACUUCAAAAAUUUCUUCCUCGGAAUUUUCCCAAUCUACGCUCUCUUUCUCUACAUCCUAGCGGUUUUUCUUACACGGACAGACAUGAUCCUUUUGCUCGUCAAUGUGCUUCCCUAUUACCCGGGAUGUUGUCGCUUCAAAAACUCAGUAUCGCUGGAACUUGGGACCAACCUCGUUUGCUUGACUGUAUUUGGGCAAAUUUGACCGACCUUACUUUACAUUCAUCGACCGAUGAUUGCUUGGACUCGGACGAUGUUCACCGUGUUCUCGGAAACACCACAAGACUGGAAUCCUGUCAUUUCAGUGUGACGCUGAAAUCAGCGCGCGCGGCCUCACGAACCAGUCUACAACUUAACUGCCUACGCUCCCUGCGGAUCGAUUUAGACGUCGGCGACGAGGAGGAAAUUCUAUUUGAUGAAGCGUUGAAUCAAUUAUUUCAUCCCAUGAUCUGUCCCUCUUUGGCGUCGCUCUAUAUUCACUGGCGGGAAAUAAUGGACUGGUCACUUACUGGCUCUGACGACGAGGAAAUCCCAUUCGCUGGGUUGUUGCCAUCGCUGAGCACCCUGCACCUUAGGUUUCCGAUGGAUUGCGAUAUGUUGACGCAGUGCCUGGUACUUGCUCCAAACCUCACUGUUCUUGAGAUUAUUGAUGUUGGGUAUGGCCUCGUGGACGAGAGACAGCAUAUUGUUGACGAUUCUCAUCUCAGUAAUCUUUGUCCACAUUCUCCCCCUGAGAUUGGGUUGUGUCCCAAUCUCCAAACCUUCAGACUAGUACAGGUUUUUACUAAUCGCGGUGACCUUGAUACGACAGGAGGUGGCGUAUCGGACAAAGGACUGGUAGAUUUCUUGGAACAUAAAUGUAAAGAUAAUCUUCCGGGGAAGAGCUCGAGGCUUGAAUCUUGUGACGUGCUCGUUCUUCAACCGUUCUCAGAUCAUGCCGUGGACAAAAUGAGAAUGCUGCCGCAAAAUGGAAUGAGGUUAUGCAUACGUUACUGCAAAGCCGUUGAAGACGGUGGACUACAUGAUGAUGCAGCAGGCGGUAUGGACUAUCUUCCAGACAUGUCGACGGACUGGGAGGCAUGUGUCAAGUAUGAGCUCGAGGAUGAGGAAGUUGUUCUAAGAUCUACAUUGACUACUAUCAUCUAAUUGUGCUACUUGAGUAUAAAAUACAUCGCAAUUGAUCACAAUGCAGAGGUAAUCGUUAUAAGACGUUGUAUAGGCUAUUAAGUAUUUUUCUUCGAGCGUUGUCGCUUUCCGCGAUGGAGUUGUAUUCUUUGAAUACCUUGUGUAUACAUAUGUAUGGCAUACGAUAGCAGCUCACAGCAGCUAGUACAUUCUUCCCUCAGCACAGUUUGCUCCAAUCCUACUUCCUUAUAUACUCACUGGCCAUCAUGAUCGUGCUUUUGCAUCGUUCAAUUUGGAAUUGUGAACUAGGGCUUGACCGAUCUUAGUCCUGUUUAUUCCAAUAAAAUCGAGGACUAGUAUGCAGGACUUUUUUUUUGCAUGCCCACUUGUAUUGGUGGCAAUCAGGAUAUCUUUCCUUUUGUAAAAUAUAAAUAUGAUCGUCUACGUACCGAAGACUAUGUAAAUAUUAUAGACAGAAGCAUGUGUGUCUUCCAGAGACUGCUUUCCAGCAGCCA